AAAUGCCGCCACUGAUGAAGUUGAUAUUAGUCAUUGUUAGUUUUCUGCAAGGUGUGGGAAGCUGCCCUGAUGUUUGCAAAUGCUCAAAAAAGUCUGAGCCAGAAAAGACAGAGGUCAACUGUCAUAAGAAGGGGCUUCGUGCCCUUCCCAAUAAUCUACCUCCUGACACUUGGAUACUAAAAUUAGGUGAGAAUGGCAUCCCGGAGCUAAAGGCCAAUUCAUUCAGAUCAGUUCGGAACAUUGAGAGCAUUAACCUGGAACAGAAUGCAAUCAAGUCCAUCCAUCCCAAAGCCUUUUCUGGAGCAAAGCAACUUAUGCUGCUCAAUCUUCAAGGCAACUACAUCACAAUCCUCCCUCCUCGGGGAUUUCAGGACCUCCUGAACCUUCGUUUUCUCAUGCUGGGCCAGAAUCAGAUUGGCGUUCUCAAGCCUGAGAUGUUCGCUGGCAUGAGGAACCUCUCGGAACUUGACCUACCUCUUAAUGCGCUGACAAUACUUCCAUCGAAUGUCUUCAAACCUUUGAUAGCUCUAAAGGUUUUGGAUCUUUCUCUGAAUCGUAUCCAAAGGAUCUCUCCCAAGGCUUUUACUGGACUCAGACAACUCCUGUUCCUCAACUUGGACAAUAACAGUUUGAAAACAGUCCCGUCUGGAGCAUUCCGGCCACUGCAGUCACUGGAGAUGCUGGUCCUGGACAACAACCUCCUGACCACAUUGAGUCAGUCAGCUUUGGAUGGUCUUAGCAACCUGCAGGAACUCUACCUGAGGAACAACCAGCUGGAGCAGCUGCCAUCUGAUGUCUUCAGCAACAUGCCCAGGCUUUCCCAGCUUGGGCUCAGUGGUAAUCGCCUGAAGACAGUGGAUGGGAACAUGUUCAGCCAUAUGCCCGAGCUGAAGAAGCUGUAUCUGCACGAUAACCCAUGGCACUGCAACUGUAACUUGAUCUCCUUGGUGAGAUGGAUUGGACAGACCAAGGCCACCAUGUCACCCCGGAGCACCCUGAAAUGUCUCAGCCCACCAGAGUUGAAGAACAAGAGCCUAGGCAGCCUGCAACCAGGAAAGCUGCAGUGUAGCACCUAAAGGGAAGAAACAGACCUCAGUGGCUGCUUUGACAUGAGGAAAUAUAGAUAUUCAUAUUUUAAUCCAAACUGAAUUACUUCUUAUUUUAGUCCUAAAUAGAGCUACAGUAAGUGAAAUGUAUUUACUAAAGUCCUAUGUAUUUUUUUAUGCUUAUUAUAUACAUGAUUGGUAGUUUUAUAUGUCAUUUAGUAUGUGUUAAGGGUUCUUAAUUGGGAACACCAUUUUUUUUAGAUUGGCCCCUUGAUGUCUGGGGGACAGUGAUUGGCCUACAUGUUCUGAAUGCUGGCGUACCAAAAAGAAUAAAUUAUGAACAGUUUAGUUUUUUCCUUCAACUCGUUGCCCAUAGGAAGACG